AUGCAGUUUCAAGACACUAGUUCGGAUCUAUGUCUAAUUGUUUUGGUAUAACGAAAAGGUAGUUGACGGCGACUUGAUAUUCCAAUUCUUCAGAAAAGCGACGCAAACACGUUCGCUUCAAGGAAUAUUGGGUCUUCUGCGCGGCCGUAGAUUUCGGCCAAGUGCGCCUGCGCAUAAGAGUAGCGGCGUUGAGUCAGGUAGUCAGUGGAGAAAACUGCGGUAGCGACACUCGGACCUCGCCAUGAAGACUCGCUUCAGCACCAUUGACCUCCGCGCGGUACUCGCGGAGCUGAAUGCCAGCUUACUAGGAAUGAGAGUAAACAAUGUUUAUGAUGUGGAUAAUAAGACCUAUCUUAUUCGUCUUCAAAAACCAGACUUUAAAGCUACACUUUUACUUGAAUCUGGCAUACGAAUUCACACAACAGAAUUUGAGUGGCCUAAGAAUAUGAUGCCAUCUAGUUUUGCCAUGAAGUGCCGAAAACACUUGAAGAGUCGGCGAUUAGUCAGUGCAAAACAACUUGGUGUGGAUAGAAUUGUAGAUUUUCAAUUUGGAAGUGAUGAAGCUGCUUAUCACUUAAUCAUUGAGCUCUAUGAUAGGGGAAACAUUGUUCUUACAGAUUAUGAGUACCUAAUUUUGAAUAUACUAAGAUUUCGAACUGAUGAGUCAGAUGAUGUUAAAUUUGCUGUUCGUGAACGCUACCCAGUUGAUCAUGCUAGAGCUGCUGAACCUUUGCUUACUUUGGAAAGACUGACUGAAAUAAUAGCCAGUGCACCUAAAGGUGAACUACUGAAGAGAGUUCUUAAUCCAUUACUUCCCUAUGGAUCAGCUCUCAUUGAACACUGUCUUAUAGAAAAUGGAUUCUCUGGCAAUGUCAAAGUGGAUGAAAAAUUUGAAAGUAAAGACCUUGAAAAAGUACUUGUUUGUCUGCAGAAAGCAGAAGACUAUAUGAAAACAACAUCCAACUUCAGUGGAAAGGGGUACAUCAUUCAGAAAAGAGAAAUAAAACCAAGCUUGGAAGUAGAUAAACCAACUGAAGACAUACUCACGUAUGAGGAAUUUCAUCCUUUCUUGUUUUCUCAACAUUCACAAUGUCCAUAUAUAGAAUUUGAAUCGUUUGACAAGGCCGUGGAUGAAUUUUAUUCCAAGAUAGAAGGUCAGAAAAUAGACUUAAAAGCUUUACAACAGGAAAAACAAGCAUUGAAGAAAUUAGAUAACGUCCGGAAGGAUCAUGAAAACAGAUUAGAAGCUCUUCAACAGGCUCAGGAAAUAGACAAACUUAAAGGAGAGCUCAUAGAAAUGAACCUACAGAUAGUUGACAGAGCUAUUCAGGUUGUCCGAAGUGCUUUAGCCAACCAGAUAGAUUGGACAGAAAUUGGGUUAAUUGUGAAAGAAGCCCAAGCUCAAGGAGACCCUGUUGCAAGUGCAAUUAAAGAAUUAAAACUACAAACAAACCAUGUUACAAUGCUACUAAGAAAUCCAUACUUGUUAUCAGAGGAGGAAGAUGACGAUGUUGAUGGUGACAUCACUGUUGAAAAAAAUGAAACCGAAGCACCAAAAGGAAAAAAGAAAAAGCAAAAGAAUAAACAGCUGCAGAAGCCUCAAAAAAAUAGGCCAUUACUUGUUGAUGUUGAUCUCAGCUUGUCAGCAUAUGCCAAUGCCAAAAAAUACUAUGAUCACAAGAGGUAUGCUGCUAAGAAAACACAAAAGACCGUGGAAGCUGCUGAGAAGGCAUUUAAAUCAGCAGAAAAAAAAACAAAGCAAACGUUAAAAGAAGUCCAAACAGUUACCUCUAUUCAGAAAGCAAGAAAAGUAUACUGGUUUGAGAAAUUUCUGUGGUUCGUUAGCUCAGAGAACUAUUUAAUUAUAGGUGGAAGAGAUCAGCAACAGAAUGAAAUGAUUGUGAAAAGAUACUUGACAACAGGGGACAUUUAUGUACAUGCUGAUCUUCAUGGAGCUACUAGCUGUGUAAUUAAGAAUCCAACAGGAGAACCCAUUCCACCUCGGACCUUGACUGAAGCCGGCACAAUGGCACUUUGCUACAGUGCUGCCUGGGAUGCACGAGUUAUCACUAGUGCUUGGUGGGUGUACCAUCAUCAGGUGUCUAAAACAGCACCAACUGGAGAAUAUUUGACAACAGGAAGCUUCAUGAUACGAGGAAAGAAGAAUUUCCUUCCUCCCUCGUAUCUAAUGAUGGGGUUUAGUUUCCUCUUUAAGGUAGAUGAGUCUUGUAUUUGGAGACAUCGGGGUGAAAGAAAAGUCAGAGUGCAGGAUGAAGACAUGGAAACAUUGGCAAGUUGCACACGUGAACUCAUAUCAGAAGAAAUGGAACAACUAGACGGAGGUGACAGUAGCAGUGACGAAGAUAAAGAGGAAUCACACGAAACUCCUGUGGAAGUGGAGCUUAUGAGUCAGGUUGACCAGGAGGAUAUCACUAUUCACAGUGGUGGAGAUGAGCUAAAUGAUGAAAUAAUUCAGGAAGAGAGCUCAGAAGAUGGAGAAUCUGAAGAAGUGGUAAAAGAUCAGGAACCUGUUGCUGAAAUGAUGGAUGUAGGCAAAGACACAUUAAAUUAUCCUGACACUACCAUUGAUUUGUCCCACCUUCAAUCUCAAAGGUCCCUCCAGAAAUUGGCUUCAAAAGAAGAAUCUUCUAGUAUGAGUGACAGUAAGUUACAGAGCCGGAGACAUUUGUCAGCCAAGGAAAGAAGGGAAAUGAAGAAGAAAAAGCUUCCAAGUGACUCAGGGGAUUUAGAAGUGAUAGAGGUAAAGGACAAAGAAAAAGAAAAUGCUCUACACAUUGAAACUCAUCAGAACACAAGCAAAAGUGUCCCAGCUGUGCAGCCAAUGAAGCGAGGACAAAAGAGUAAAAUGAAAAAAAUGAAGGAAAAAUACAAAGACCAAGAUGAAGAAGAACGUGAACUCAUCAUGAAAUUGCUGGGGUCUGCAGGUUCAAACAAAGAAGAAAAGGGGAAGAAGGGGAAGAAAGGAAAAACAAAGGAUGAACCUGUAAAGAAACAGACCCAGAGACCUAGAGGUGGACAAAGGGCUUCAGACAGCAUAAAGAAAGAAACUCCCUCCCUUGAGGUUGUAACUCCAGAGUUACAAGACUUGGCUGUAGAUGAUCCACAUGAUGACAAGCAGGAAGAGCAAGAUCUGGAUCAACAGGGUAAUGAGGAAAAUCUCUUUGACUCUUUGACAGGGCAGCCACAUCCUGAAGAUGUAUUACUAUUUGCCAUCCCAAUUUGUGCCCCUUACUCCACCAUGACAAACUAUAAAUACAAAGUGAAACUUACUCCUGGAGUUCAGAAAAAGGGAAAAGCUGCAAAAACAGCCUUGAAUAGUUUCAUGCAUUCCAAAGAAGCAACAGCAAGAGAAAAAGACUUGUUUCGCAGUGUAAAGGACACGGAUUUAUCAAGAAAUAUUCCUGGCAAAGUCAAAGUGUCUGCACCCAAUCUUCUGAAUGUAAAAAGAAAAUAGCUGAAAUGAAACCCUAAAAUAUUUGAGAAGAGCCAAUUUUAUAGCCUUUUGGAAGUUCAGAGAUGAAAACACACCAUGUAACAAGACUUCCGCAUUUAAAAAUGAACUAAACAUUGCCUUGCUAUAUUCGCCAAAAGGACUUACUGUUUUUUUUUCCAGUUUUAUAGAGAGGAAACGCGGAUAGGAUUUCCUAAAAUAUUUGUGGACAGUUAAAUGCUAAUUGUAUACAUCUGUAGUUAUUCUCCUACGUUUUCUUAAAAUUUGGGAGGUUAAUACUAAGUUUUCAUUUCAUGUUGUACAGAAACUGGAGUGAAGUGGCUCAGUUGCUCGGACACUGACUUGGUCGUCUACCGUGUACAGUGUCAGAGCUCUGUUACAGGCCAAUCACAGGUGGUUUUUCGUGUUCUGGUGCGGUGGUGGGGCUUGGGGGCAGUUAAACAUUUAGGAUUAAGUCUUGGAAGCCUUCUGCCGUUACCUGUACUUGUCAAAAAAUAUAUUAGACCAGAUUUAAAAUAGACAUAAUUCAGCCUAAGAAAUAACACCUAGAAAAAAAUGGUAUUGAUCAUUUCCAUUCAUUUAUACAACUUCACUUUUCAUCCUCACUUCCUUGUAAUCUCAUUCAGUUCUGUACCAUUUUAUUUUCUACCUCUAGUAAUUAUCAGCAUGUUAUAGAGUAUCUUAAAACCUAGGAUAUCAUAAGUGCACUUUUAGGCUUACCACUAAAGACUCCUGACACAGCUUUCUUCUUCUGUCUCCUAACAAAUGGAGAAUAAAGUCCUACGUCAUUUCCAUUCUUUUAUGAGCUAAAAAGCUGUCACUUUUUAAAUGAUGAGACAAUGGCUACCUACAGUCAAUAUGACCAUUUGCCCCAGCCCCUAUACCAAAGCAUUAAGGUCAAAGCACUAAACAGCUGUUGGUCCUUCCAAAAUUUCUUUUACCAGCUUAGUCCUGUUGAUAAUGUUUUUCCAUUUGAAAUUAAUGUAAAAAAAAAAACUUUGUAAUUAUACAUAUAGCCAGUGUUGUAAAUACAACAGACUACUCUUGCUAUUUAAAAAUAUAUAUAUAUAUAAGUUUAAAAUAACAUCACCAUUUUGAUAGUGAUAAGAAUAAUUAGUAUGUUUCUAUAGCUAUAUAUCCUGAAGUUACCAAAAAGGAAAUAUAAUAACCAUUCCUUGGGGUAAAAAGCCAAGUAUCAUUUUCUUUUGCUUUAAUAGAAGACAGUUACUGGUGUUAAAUACAUUUAUUGUAAACUUUAGACACAAAAAUAGGUUCUCUAGGCCAUUCACAUGCACAUUAAAACCAAAAAGCUGCAAACUACAACAAUGCAUAUAAUUAUACAAACGAUGCCACUCUCUGAUGUUUACAGAAUUGCUGUCCAUGCAAGGUGAUCAGAGGCAUUAUCUAUGAAGCCUUAAGAUCCAGAAGUGUUGUUACUACCAAACCUCUGAUUAACACUGUGAAGUAAGUGUUUUGGAAGGCAGUUCCACGAGCUGGCUAACAUUUCUUUAAAGCAAAUGACUGCUUCUAAGCUUAGCCUGAAAGUGGACAAGAGAAAAAUAAAUUUACUGUUUGAAGAAUUACCAAAAAAACAAAAGCCCACUUUGUUUAAAGAACUAGUUUUAUCAAUGGAAACUUGUCAUUGCCUUUAAAUUAUCUGUAAGCCUGGUUUUUCAAGAGCACUAAUUUAAAAUAAUCUGAGUACCAAGUAAAAAGUUACUUACCUUACAAGAGAUUUUGGUUGAACUGAAAAUAUAAGUAUUUCAUUACUGUGUGCCUGAAAAAUAGAAAAUGAAGAACAUAUUAAAAAGUAAGUACUCCACAAGUUUCAGAAAUAUGAUGAAGUGUCCUUUAAUACAGGGUAGUAUACUUAGUACACUUACAGCUCUGUGAUGGACAAGGAGGUUAUUGGCACAUCCACCAAAAACAAUGACUUCUCCUUCAUCACUGGCACAAGCUGUGUGCCAUAAUCUAAUUUAAAACAAGAGUUUUAAGUUACCCAGACACCAAGUUGACAAUUUACACUACGAACACAAUGAUGAAAUAAAGACUAGAGAUCUUCAGUACAGACCAAAACCUAAUGUUGAGCAGCAAUUAUCUUAAGUAGCAAAAGCUAGAAAAAUCUAUUAAUGUCUGUUUUAUCUGGAUGUUACCAUUUUAUCUAUCUGGUCCAGUCCUAACUUAUGCAAUGACGGGUUUGAACUGAAUGAUCUGUUUUCUAGGUCUUUGUUAGCAAUAAAAAUCUUACAGGAGAUGUGUGCUACAUGCCCUCUCAAUCUUCUUCUUUUCAUAGGCAGGGUCAGUUGACAUUAAAGAAAAAAUCUGAAGGAUGCUGUGAAUCUGCCUGACCUACUCAAAGUCUCAGGCCUGGUAAUUCUAUGGGAGAAUUCUUCUGCCAGAUGAAGCCUUUAUGGCAUAAGUGUACUGAAAUUAGAGACCUGUGGGGAAAUGCAGGCUGACCUACCUAAAUAUGCUUUGAAUACCAGUUGUGACUAUAUCAUUUGCUUUGGCAGUUUUUGUAAGAAUUCUUCUUGAGAUUAACAAAAAUAACUCUUCUUUUUGGGUGAUUUGAUUUAGUAUUUGUUAUACAGUGCUCCUACCAAUCUAAUAGAAAGUUCUGGAUUUCCCCCCCAUAUACAUUCUUCAAGGUUUUGAAAUUCUCUCCAGUUUUUUUUUUAAGUGACAAACCUAGAAGCAGUUCAAUUCACUGGAGUAAAGACCUUGAUUAUAAAUUUUAACUACAUCAACUUUAUGAUAAAAACAGCAGAAGUCAACAUCCAGCCCUGUUUUUCAUGCACCAUGACAGAAAAGAAAGCAUUUAAUACAAGGAUAGCAUUGGUUUUCUUUUCUUUCAAAAGGUUUGAUGUUAGGGGCGCACGGGUGGCUCAGUCUGUUAAGCAUCUGACUGUUGAUACGGGCUCAGGUCACAAUCUCACGGUUCCUGAGACUGGGUCCUGCAUCUGCACACUGCCAGCACAGAGCCUGCUUGGAAUUCUCUGUCCCUAACCCACUCAUGCUCACACGUGUGCACUCUCUCUCUCUCUCAAACAUUAAAAAAAAAAAAGGUAGGAUGUUAAAUCUUAGUGAAUGCUAGGGUGUUUAUCAUAAGAAUAGUGGAUGUAAUGCAGCCACAAUUUCCUCAGUCAUUACCAGCCUUGUACAUCUUUUUUAAGGUUUUAAGUAAUCCCUAUACCCAACAUGGGACUCAGGGUUGUUUGAGAUUAAGAGUCACAUGCUCUACUGACUGGCAACCAGGUGUCCCUAGUCUGGUACUGAAUAAUUGAAGUCCAUAAAGAUGUACAAGAAUUACUUUUUAAAUACUUCAUACCUUGGCUUUUCAGUAUAGGGAUGAUUAAACUGUAUCCAUUCAUUUUUACUGAUGCAGUAAGUCCAAGCAUCACCUGAUUGAAGCAAAGAAAGAAGAGCCAUGAAAUACGUUAUUUUGUCAAUGAGACAUUCAUGUUUAAAGGGCACAGCUUUAGCAAGAAAGGUAAUAAACUGUAAGUAGAAAGAGAAAGUAAAUACCCUGGUUUUUCCCUGAAGUUAAUCAAGUAAGCCCUUUGCAUGUCACAACCCUUAGGUGGAGCUUUUAAGGGCUGCACUGGACAGAAUAGAUGGAUGUUAUAGUACAAAAACAAUUAUAGAUUUAUUAUAGGAUCAAAAAUAAUAGCAAACCUCCAACCAACCCUAUAACCUUCUGAUACAUCUAAAAUAGACUGAAUUAUUUUCUUCUAUUUAUAUAUUACAUAUGAAUGAUAAUGAUUUCUUAUAUUUUUAAAGGACUUACUUAGUGGCUGUUUAUCAGUGGUAAAUCCUCCAAAGAGAAAGAGAUGAUCUGAAGAAACUGGUGUUAGUGAAUGCCAAGAUCGGCCAACUGGGCAUAUGCCUUGUGGAAUUCUGAAAAUAAUAGCUAAGUUACAAUAUCUGUGUUUAAAAGUAGCUACUGUUUAAUAUGGAAAAAUAUUUAAAUUUUCUGUGAAAAUUUAUACAGAAUAUUUGACAGAAGAGACUUUAGAUUUAAAAAGCUUCUUGGUAUUUUUUUUUUAUUUUUAAAAUUUUUUAAAUGUUUUAUUUAUUUUUGAGAGAGAGAGAGAGAGAGAGAGACACAGUACAAGUCGGGGAGGGGCAGAGAGCGAGGGAAACACAGAAUCCAGGAAGCAGGCUCCAGGCUCCGAGCCGUCAACACAAAGCCGGACACGGGACUUGAACCCAUGAACCAUGAGAUCAUGACCUGACCCGAAGUCACAUGCUUAACCGACUGAGCCACGCAGGUGCCCCAAAAGCUUCUUGGUAUUAAUAGCUGCAUGCUUGGUAUUAACUAUGUUUUUAGAAGGCAGAGUGAACUUUAGACCUUUUCAACAAACAUUGAGCACAUGUUGUGGAACAGGAAAUCAAAAAAUAAAAUUCCUUAUUUAAGGAUCUAGACAUCAUGUUUAUUUAAAUUCAGUUAUUUACCUGCUUAAAUUUCUAUGCUAACAGAAUAAAAUUAAAAAAUUUUAGAAAUUAUCUAAAGUGAUACAUACAAUUCAUUCCACUCCCACGUAUCCAGAUUAAGACAGUGAAGAUCAUUCAUUCUAGCAUCCUGAAAAAGGAUAAUUAAGGAAUUAUCAUUUUGAAUGACUCAUAAGCAAAUCAUUGAAACUGUUCACAAACUUACUCGAUAUCUGCCUCCAAACACAAAGCCUUUGUUUCCAACAGUUGCACAGGCAUGGGCAGCACGAGGCGAAGGUGCUUUACCCUAUAAAAGUCACAAAAGCAAUUUUUUAAAAUAAACACCAGUCUUCUCUGGAGGUGGGAUGAGGGUAUGCAAGACGCUUGAGCUUUUAAGCUCAAGUGCAGAUGUCUAGUCAACAGCAGUACUAACCCUGGGAGCUGUAAUUUUAGAUUUUGGAGAUAUAUUACUGAAUGCACUAGUUAAUGGAAUGCUUAUUUUUUUUUUAAAUAAAAAGGUAGCACAUUAUAAGACACCUGCGUCAGAGGAAAAAGAAAUCUAAUUAACUUAACAAUCUACUGCCAGGUCAUUUAUUUAGUUAUAAGCAAUACCCCUUAACAUCUAUUAGAUAGUAGAUGCCAGGUUAGUCCACACAUUCAUUAAACUUUUCUGAGGUAUGGACUUCUUGGAGAAUAAUGAAAGCAAUGGAUUUUCUCCAGAAAAACAAGAAUGAACUGUCAAUUUUACACCACCUCCCAAUUCCCUUUCUCCUCUAGGUAGCCUUUAAUAAUUCAUUAUUCUUCAGUAACUCACAGUAGUUAUAGGCUGACUCCAGAUAAAUGUUUCAGUGUCUAAAAUAUGUACAUGAUCAUUCCAUCCUCUUGGGUGACUUGAAUUCUACAGAAAAUGAGUAAGAAUCUGAGUUAUUUUUCAAAUAAUAUUUGUAAAAUUACAUAUCCUUGUCUGGUUUAUGAACAAGGCAAAAUGAACAAGACUAGCAGACAUAAGAUGUAUUAUUUCAACAUACUAAGUAGACCAUAUACAAAUAUGAAACUUCACUUACCCAAAAAGAUGUUUCAUCAAAUUCAAAAGUUCCCAAUACUUUAUCUUCAGGUAAAUAUCCAUAACCUCCAAAAAAUAUUAACCUGUUUGAUAAAAAACCAAGACACUAAAAAUUCUAACAUCCACAGGUUAGGAAGUUACAAGAAGUUUUUCUUUUGUCAUGCUAGGAACUGAGAAGGCAUGCUUGAGUAUAUGAAAAUUCUUAUUCAUAGAAUAAUGCCUACUGUGCCUAAUUAUGUCUUAGGUGUUGAGUGCUUUGAUGUAUUAAUUCACAUAAUCCUCAUAUGGGCCCUAGAAGUUAUGUUCUAGGGUUACAGUGUUUAUGGGCUAUGGAUACUUGAAUGGCAAACCACUUUGCACAUAAAAACCCAAACCUACGGGGCUGCUAACUCACUUGUUUUUAUAUACCCAGACACCAAGUUUAUCCUUUGAUGAUGGAGGAAUUCCUUGGCAAUCAAUUCUUUCCCACUGUAGUACUCUGUCUGUAGACCUUGAAUCCAGCAUGUAGAACUGUCAGAAGCAAUGAUUUCAGUUAGAUUUGGUUAUGCAAAAGAAACUCAACCUUGGCAUUUAGUUUUGUUGUGAUUUAUGACUAUAGGAAUGUCAUCUAAUUCAGUGCUUCUACAAUUGUGACUACAGACUGUUACUGUUCCAAAUAUACAUAAGGAACUUAUGCCAGAAUAUAAAUUACCUAAGUCGCUAAGCACCCUGUUGAGCUCAUUUUUUUUUACUGAUAGCCACAUUUUUUUUAAAUAUAUGAAAUUUAUUGUCAAAUUGGUUUUCAUACAACACCCAGUGCUCAUCCCAACAGGUGCCCUCCUCGAUACCCAUCACCCACCCUCCCCUUCCUCCCACCCCCCAUCAGCCCUCAGUUUGUUCUCAGUUUAACAGCCUCAUUUUUUUGAUGAAGGAACAGAAGUAUAUUGUGCCUUACAUAGGCACUUUGAGUUCUGCUAAUCUAAUUUAUGGGUUUGAAGACGGUAUCACCAAAAGAAUUCAACUUAGCAAUUUCACCUUCAAAUUCAAUUUAACACACAUGUCUUAAGCGCCUACUUAACUCUGGGAGCAAAGGAUAAAUCUUAAAAGAUUAAGUACUGGUCUGUCUUUCCAAGGUUUCACAUCCAGAUACUUGAAGAGACCUGGCCAUUAUAUGUAUAUCUUUUUACUUCUCCCAAGACUCCUAAGCUUCCUUUUGAUCAGACUUAAAAAUACUCAACUCUAGCCAUUUCUGUCUACCCCUAAAGCCACCGCUUCUUUUUUUCCCCAAGCUGCUUCAUGUGGUGUUAAGGUUCUUUUUCUCUUCCUUGCCCUAAAACACACACACCUCCACUACAGCCUGUAGCAGUGCCUCACAAAAUCUUUUAGGCACAGAACCCUUACUUCACACAAAAUCUUAAGCAAAAGCCUAACUGAAGUAGAGCUACACCUGUUAAGAUGGAGGGGUAGGGGGGUGAUCUGAAGCCUGCCUAACACCAUGACCCUCCUCCCACAGGGGUCCCAAGGCAUCUCAAAGAAAUCCCUAGAGCUCCUAGGAAUAGUCUGAAACUUUGUCAGCCAUAUGCUCCAGUCACACCAAACCACUUAGCAUUUCCGUGAACAAAACAUUUGCUUAUAUUUCUGCCUCCUGAUACUUGCAUCUUGGCUACCUCUCCCAGUUAUGAUUCUAUUCAACCCUCUUGGUUAAAGACUUUACUUAUUCUCUUCCUCCAUCCUGCCAAACACAAUGUCAAGGAUUCUUUUUCAGAUUUAACAAUAUUUACUGAGCUAUUUUAUGAGCCAGGCUCUAUGUAUCUUCUUUUCAUAUGCUACUGGAACCAUCUACUUAUUAUGUGUAUCCCCUCUAGGAUGUGAGCACCUAGAGAUGGGAACUGUAUCAUUCGUCUCUGUGUCUCCAAUGUCUAACCAAGUGCUCAGUAUAUAAGGUGCUACGUUGCUAAAUAAAUUUAUUAAGAGACUCCCUAAAUCAUAUGCAUCUUUCUGAUUGAUAUUUGUGUCUUGCUGGCCUGAGAAAACAACUGUUAAUCUUUUUCCUAUUUGGAAAAAACACAAAGUCUGAACAACAGUACCUUAUGGUACCAUAUUACGGGAAUUUUAGUAUAUAAAAUUCUGUAUUAAUUUAUCCUCAUAGCCGAGUGGUGGUCUGUUCAUUUUACCCUGCUCCUCAUCAUUGCAUCUUGUUUUCAUUUGGUUUGCUAAUAUUUAUCUAACACCCCAGGGUUCUAAGAGAACCACAGCUGCAAAGAGAACAAAGAAAACCCACUCAGGAAAUUACUGCAAACAAGUUAUCAAAGUUGACUUUACAAAAGGCAUAGAGAAAUACGGACUGGUAGACAAAAUACUAAAAUGCACAUUCAUACCGUUAUCAAGGACAUGCAUGUUUUAACCGGGACAGGAAUAAGUAUGAGCUAACCUUAGAAAUUGGAGGUUGUCUGAAAAAGAGUAAAACCCAACAGGGCCACCCAGGCACCCCAUGUUUAGUUGAGCUCUUAAACCACAAUCCUUAGAAACACUCACCUUAUUCGUAUUGCCUCUUGAAUGGUGUCCUCCAAACAAGUAGAGCACCCUGUCCACACACACCGCACAGCUUCCUGACAUCGAAGGAGGAACAUCCCCUUCUGUGUUAAUUUUUUUCCUGAGGGCAAAAAGACUGAAUGUAAAUGUUUCCCAAAAGAGAAGAAAUGCAAAAGUUACUUGUUUUUCUUCUAUCCCCACAAUAAAGGGAAAAAAUAAAAUGGGCUGGCCGGCUAGAGAGCAUCUGGGGGUCUCGUCUACAUCUAAAAUUAAUUCAAAGAAUGAGUUCCUUCCUCUUUGUUCACCCAUUCCACAGGCUGCGCCAGCUGACCCCACACACAGGGACGGUGAGAAGCUCUGGAAGCCCAGGAGCACACACCAUUUUAUGUUUCUCAAACUAACCUGCUCUUUAUUGAUAUAACCAUAAGUGGCUAUUUUGUUUUUGGUUUUGAGUCACCCAGGUACCUAAAACAUCCCACUCCUGACCGGUUAAUUCCACAAGUGUGUUUUAUUUAGUCACCUUUUAGCCAUUCAAAUGAAUCUGAUUCAAACCUAAUGUACUACUACAGGCACGUGGGUAAUACUUUCUCUAGGCCAGGCACUCCUGGGAGUGCUUUGCAUGCUUUAAAUCCUUCUGAAUCUAAAAAUGAAUCUGAAUCAAAAAGGCCUAAGAUUCACAGUAUUAAUAGGACUGUUAAAGUCUUCUGCUCACUCUAUCACUUUAUGCUAAGCUUUAACUUUGGCAGGCUUAGUUUUACAAAUUCCUUAUGGGGCUCAAUUUUUUAAAAAUUCGUAGAAUUCCCCUAUUAAAGGAAUACCAUUAUCAAUUUCUCUCUUGAAAAAAAAAAAAACAACAAAACACAGAUGAGCCAACAGCUCAGAUCAACACUGAUUUGCUAUGUACAGAAAUAAUCCUGACUUAGUUUUAGUUGAACUUUUUAAGAAAAUUUUUUCAACAUUUAUUUAUUUUUGAGAGACAGAGGGCAAGUGGAGGAGGGGCAGAGAGACUGGGAGACACAGAAUCUGAAGCAGGCUUCAGGCUCCGAGCUGUCAGCACAGAGCCCAAAGUGGGACUCAAGCUCACAAACGUGAGAUGGUGACCUGAGCCGAAGUGGGGUGCUUCACCGACAGGGCCAUCCAGGCACCCCAUUUUUAGUUGAACUCUUAAGAUUCUGCCAAGAGCCUCUUUGAGGACCACUGUCACAAGACUGGCAAAAGAUCCUUUUCAGAAUAUCCCCAGUUGUAUGGAAGGCAAAUUUAACUUCUUUCUUUAAACAAAACACACUAUUUUAAAGAGAUUUGUAUAGAAACUUUAAUGGCAGAGCUCAUUAAAAUAAAACCCCACCUUUAUUUCUAGCAGAUACAAUCUAGAAAUUAUUUUCUCAUUUUCCACGUAACAGAAGAUCUAACAUCUUGAAAAAACAUCAUAUGGAACUUUUAUAAUAUUUUCAUUCCAGGAUUGGAAGCCUCUAUCUACCUCUUUAUUUUAGUAUUACAAUGAUACUACAUAGAGCUCUGAAUACAAGUUUCUUCGAAGGUCAUAAAAGCACCAAGUAGGGGUGCCUGGGUGACUCAGUCGGUUAAGUAUAUUGACUCUUGAUUUUGGCUCAGGUCAUGAUCCCAUGGUUCGUAGGUUCCAGGCCUGUGUCAGAACAGAGCCUGCUUGAGAUUCUCUCUCUCUCUC